AAAUAUGGGAGGCUGGGGAACAAUAAUCAUUUCAACAAUAACAACAUCUGUUCUUUAAUUAAGCCCCCUUGUGAUUUUGAAUAUGAGCUUCCAGUCUGUUCACACUGUCAGAGGUGCUGCUUCCUGGAUACAGCAGUGUAGGAGUGAAAUGACUGAUUGCAUUGGUUGAUUUAAUAUGGAGGCAAUGACUUUGCUGUUUCUGCAUAUAGUUGGUUUUUAAAGUAUCCAGAAGCACACUGGUGUCUCUUUGUGGAGUUCCAACUGCAUUCUUUUAAGUCUUUUAAGGAUGAAAUUAUCGUUGAUCUUUCUCACAUUAACAGGUCUUACGUGCACAAAUGCUCAGGUUCAGCACGUAGAUAUUCAAUUAUCUGGAUGCACUGAGUCUGAUAAAGAGACUCUGUGGGCAAAUGAUGGCGAUGAAGUAGCUAAUGCAGAUUUCAUAAAGCAGGCCAUGGUGAUGAAGAUACCUGAUUUUGCAGACCCAUUUACUGAGAGUGGGCUGUAUGAUUUAAGUGUCUCAGAGCAAGCUGUAUGCAAACAUAACCUACAAACAGCAGCACAAGCCUACAAAAAUCCCCCAGAAGCUGUGGAUCCCCCUCAAAGCUCCAUUUACACCAAGGCUGAUGUGCAGCUGGGCUCAGAGAACACCCUCAUCUGUCAUGUGACUGGGUUCUUCCCGCCUCCCGUCGCUGUGACCUGGACAAAGAACAACCUGGAUGUGACAGACAGUGCAGCGCUCAGUGAGUUCUACCCUAAUAAGGACGGCACAUAUAACCAGUUCUCCCACCUGAGGUUCACACCACAGUCAGGAGACAUCUACAGCUGCACCGUACAGCAUAAGGGACUGGAGACACCCAACACCAAAACAUGGGAGGUGGAUGUCUCUGUGCCCAGUGUGGGUCCCUCUGUGUUCUGUGGGGUGGGUCUGGCUGCAGGACUGCUGGGAGUGGCUACUGGAACCUUCUUCCUCAUCAAAGGAAACCAGUGCAACUGACACCACUGAUGUACUGGAGAAGCAGAAACUCUGAACAGAAAGUGCUCCGCCCCCUGGCCCCGCCCACGGAUCACCUACACCUGCAGCUUGGGCGCCUUAGAGAUUCAAUUGUCACGCCCGCAGACUGGAGCGUCCCCCGUUUCCCUGACAACCUAGUCACUUCCGUGUUUUCCAGUUGUCGUUAUCUCCAUGGUUCUGUGUCUCCAGCUGUUCCUAGUGUGUCCCUAAUUGUAGUCUCAUUUAAACCUGGUUCCUGUGUCUCUUGUUUGUGGGUUGUUGUAUUUAGUAAUAUCUCACUUGAGUGCACGGUUCGCUCCUAUGCACUUUCCUUAUUCAUGUUCGCCAGGUCUCUGCUGUUCCCUCGUCUGUAAUAGUUUCUCUGUCUGCUUUAGUCUACGUUGUUUUUCCCGUGAGUGUUCGUCUAACUUAUUCCACUCUCUUUUCCCGUUCGGUGUUCUCUCGUCUCUUCGCUUCGUUUAGGUUUUUCUUCCCCUGUUCAUGUACGCAAGUGUUGUCUGGCUUUCCUUUUUAGUUCUACUUACCUGUGUUUUUGUUGGUCAUUCAUACGUAGCCCAUUUCUGUGUAUUCCCCUUUAGUUCUAGUUAUAUUUAUCAUCGUUAUUAUCCGUUAGUUUUCCCUAAUUGUUAACGCUCCUUUUACCCAGUUCUCGCACUCACCUUGUUAGCCUGUUGUUCUGUUCUUGUUUGUAUGUUUGUUAUUAAAUCUCUUAUUGGUUAUA